AUGGUCAAUACGCUAUACUUGUCUAACCUUCCGCCUAGACCCGAUUCUUUUAACAAAUUUAAGGAUAUACUUUUAUCCACUAUUAAUCCUUCUUAUCGUGCAGGAGAUUCAGAUUCCAGGUUCAGUUUAAAGGACGCACCGAAUAAAGAUAGAGUACCAUGCAUUGAUGAUAGUUAUCAGAUUGUGGAAAUCUCAAGGUACCGCUCAAGGAAAUUGAAGCGAUCAUGUUUUAUUACAUUUAAAGAUACGGAAAACCGUGAUAGAUUCAUAAAAGAUUUUAAAGACAAGCUGAAAGUUCGUGGCAGAAAGGUGCAAAUAGAGGUUGCAAAACACGAAUCAUAUGCCGAGUUAUACUUCAAUGGAGAACUUGAACAGCUAAAACGUGAGGUUCAAGCUAAAAAAGUUAACAAAGAGGUAAGUAAAGGCAAUGCGAUCGUCCCAGCUACUAAGCUGAAUAGACGACUCAGAAGAGCUAGAAGUAAACUAAGGAAGAAAAACUUGGACGAGGAGACUAUAAGACGUUUGCUUGACGGCCAAAAGCGUCCUGGACAGGCUAAAUCAUCCGGAAAUACUGCUGAAGGAAAGGGUAAAACGAACGAUGUUAAGAAAGCGUCUGCUAAGAAAGUGGUCGAAAUUAUCAGUAAUCCACCUCACAAUAUCCUAUUAGUACAGAAUUUACCAAAGGAUAUUACUCAAGGUGAACUAGAGGAACUUUUCCAAUCGUCUGGAUUCAAAGAAGUACGCUUGGUUGGCGUUAGAAACCUAUGUUUUGUCGAAUACAAUUCUAGUGAAAAUGCCACUAAUGUAAUAAACCGUCUGGGACACGAGUACUCCCUGAAGGACUCCAUUAUUAAGAUUGGAUAUGCCAAGAAAUAG